AUGCUUUCGAAUCGGAUUUCUCCAGCAGUAAGGACGUCCAAGUCGUCUGCUUCUACUUUGGGCGCUUUUGUUUUGGCCCGUCUGGCUCAUACUCACCACAAAGUGUUAAUCGUCGGUGGUGGUUCGGCCGGUAUCUCUGCAGCCCAUCAGAUCUAUAACAAAUUCUCCAAGUAUCGUUUUGCUAAUGGCGAGGGUAUUGUCGACGGCGCCAAAGACCAUCAUUAUCAACCAGGAUGGACAUUGGCUGGCGCCGGACUUAGCUCUGUUGCUCGUAAUCAGCGUGAUCUCAGUAGCUUGGUACCGUCUGACAAAUUCAAAUUGCACCCCGAAUUUGUGCAGUCUUUAGACCCUAAGGACAACAAAAUCGUUACCCAGGGUGGCCAUGAAAUCUCUUACGACUACCUUGUUAUGACUGCUGGUAUCCACUCUGACUUCAAUCGCAUCAAGGGUUUGAGCGAAGCUCUUGACGACCCUUCUGUUCCUGUUACUACCAUCUACUCGGCUAAGCAUGCUGAUUCUGUCUUUCCCUUAAUCCAGAAAACUACAUCCGGCACUGCUAUCUUUACUCAACCCAGCGGUCCCUUGAAAUGUGCUGGUGCCCCUCAAAAGAUUAUGUGGAUGGCUGAGGAUUACUGGCGCCGUCAAAAUGUACGCAACAAUAUUCAAGUCUCUUUUUACUCUGGUUGUCCCACUCUCUUCUCCGUGAAGCGUUACUCGGAUGCCUUAGAACGUCAAAACCAAACCCUUCACCGUAACGUUCAUCUCAACUACAACAACAAUCUCAUCGAAGUAAAUGGUAAGGAACGCAAGGCCAUCUUCCAAAACACCGCUGAUAAUACCACCUUUGAACGUCCUUUUGAUCUUUUGCACGCCGUUCCUUUCAUGCGUUCUCAUGAUUUCAUUGCUAAGAGUGAACUUGCCGACAAAACUGGUUUCGUCGCUGUUGAUCCCGCUACCACUCAAUCUACCAAAUUCCCUAACGUCUUUGCAAUUGGUGACUGCUCUGGCCUUCCUACUAGCAAGACGUUCGCUGCUAUUACUUCUCAAACACCUGUAAUGGUUCACAACCUCUGGAGCUUAGUUAAUGGCAAAAACCUGACUGCGGCUUACGACGGAUAUUCUUCUUGCCCCUUGUUGACUAGUUACGGCAAACUUAUUUUGGCUGAAUUCAAGUAUAAUCAAGUACCCAGUGAAUCUUUCGGCAGAUACUCUCGCUUCCUCGACCAAUCUGUUCCUCGUCGUCCUUAUUAUUACCUCAAAAAGGAUGUUUUCCCUUUUGUUUACUGGAAUUUUGCCAUGCGUAAUGGUCAAUGGUUUGGUAAGCGUGGUCUCUUCCCUCCUCACUUCCCCAUCAACUAA